AUGAGAUCUCGAGGAACAUAUUUUAGUAGACAAAAACGUGUAAAUGAGGGAAUGUUCGUAAAUAAUUGGGUGAUACAUGAUACGUAUGCUGAACCUGAAUUAAUACUCGAAAAAAAUGGUUUAUUUGUAGUACAUAGAAAGGAAUCUAUACAAAAGAUGCUAGAAGCGCAGAAUUUGAAAUCUAAAUUACCAAAGUCUGAAAUAGUCGAGAUGCCUACCCUUCUCGAAGAGCAGAUAUAUAUAUUCCAUCACGAUAACUUCCGGAAUGCUGUGCGAAUAAUGGAGAGUAUAAUAUCGAACAACAUUUUCAUCGAUGCUCAAAAACGUUUUACCGGUUUAGUCAAGCAAGAUCCAUGUAGCCUUGAUUUAGAAUUCACAUAUAGUCUGGAUCUUCUUUGGAUUCAUAGCUCUGAAGAAACUUUGGGAAGGCCAGUAGCUUCUUUGCGUUGGAAUUAUGUUAACACAAGUAUUUUAGCUGUAGGAUAUGGAGCGCGAGAUAAUUCAGAAAUUAAAAAUGGCUUAGUUUUUCUUUGGUCUGCGAAAAAUCCUGGCAAUCCAGCUCGUCGAUAUUAUUUCGACACUCAAGUGUCAGAUCUCGAUUGGAGUCGUGAUCGACCAAAUUUACUAGCUGUUGGUUUUUAUAAUGGCGAAAUCUUGGUAAUCGAUGUGAGUAAACCAGACAUUAAUAUUAUACGACGAAGUCAAAAGGGUACAAGUUCUUCAAAUUCUCCGCACUGGCAAGUUCAAUGGUGGCCAGGUGACGAACAAUAUGAUUACGAAGAACAAAUUUAUACGUGUAAUGAAGAUGGUUGCAUUUUCUGUUAUCGAUAUGUCGAAGAUUUUACUUCGAUGACGAUUAUGAAAGUUUUUAGAAUAGAAGGAAUAUUGCCAGGUGUUAAGAGAACUGUUCAAUGUGAUUUUUUUGGUGUAUCUAUUAGUCGAAGUCCUGGCGCAUUAGUAUUACAAAAGCAUCCGACUUUGAAUAAUUUUCUAGCGCAUGAUGGACCAGUUUAUUCAAUGAUGUUUUCUCCAUUUUGUGAAAAAAUAUUUUUAACCUGUGGCGCUGACUGGUGCAUUCGAAUUUGGGCAGAAGGGCUAACAGAUCCAUUGAUCACUUUGACUACGACAAUGGCAUGCGUUCGAUAUGCAGUUUGGUCUCCAAUUCAUUCCACGAUCAUAGCGAGUAUCGUCAACAAUGAAAUCUGCAUAUGGGAUAUUAGACGGAAAAUAUACAAACCUGCCUCAGUGACAAUAUCACCUAAUACCGCUAGAUUUGUUAUGAUUAAUUUUACGGCGAAUGGUAAUCAAAUUGCAGUGGCGAAUAUAGAGGGUGCCGAUGGAACUGUAGUGCCGGGACCCACUCUGAGGCCUGGUAGGCAAGUCGGCACGGAUGGCUGGCUGGCUUGCUUGGAGGAGUUGCAGGAGAGUGCCAUGGUAGAGGGGCUUCCCUGGCUGCUGCUGCUUGCGGGCACAAACCGCGCUACCGCCGUCAGCAGGCAGUCUUAUUACGCCCGCACUCAACUACGCGAACUAAGUACUCUUCUUAGGCCGGAAACAUAA